AAACAAUUCAGUUUUUGAAAUUAUAAUGUACAAUCUACACGAAGCACUUCAGUAUAUAUACAUAUAUUUUAGUGUAUAAAUGACUUGAAAUUAAAAGUUUAACUUGGAACUUUGCUUCUGAUUAUUAAACAGCAGGGAUUUAAUUACCAGGAUGACAUUUCUCAUAUUACUAAAUCCGAUUUAUUCUUUAUCACCAUUUAUCUGUCAUAACCGGGUCUCGAUAUGUAAUCAAAAUUCACAAGUGCUAUAUAGAUGAAUCCUUCAACAGAGUGGUGAGCGUUGUGAAUUUUGUUUAAUCAACUUCGAUUUUUGAUUAUUGAAUUGCAAAAGUUUUAUUGUAUUUUUUUCUUUAUUAAGAUAAUCAUGAUAGCAAGCGUACUCUGUAGAGAAUCAUAUAUACGUGCGAUGUUCCAUAGUUAACUGAUUAAUCGGUGACUGCUGAUAAACCAAUGAAAAUCGACGUUUAAUAUAACCCUAACCAAUUGGUGUUCCUCCUUAAUUACAACCUGUAUUUUUUUCAAAGGAAAACGAUAUAUAAGCAGAAAUAAAUCAACUCAUUUCAAUCAAAAUGUUUAUUAAAAGCUUAGGCGCACUCCUAAUUAUUUCAUCUGUGCUGAAAUGUUCAUUGUCCAAAAAUAGUGUUUGCUUUCAACAAAAGGAAGAAGGCCCAUGUAGGGCUCUAGUCUCACGAUAUCACUAUAACUUUACUCUUCGUUCAUGUGUUCAUUUCUACUAUGGUGGAUGUGGAGGCAACCAGAAUAACUUCCCAACGGAAAAGGAAUGUCAAAAAGCCUGUGGAGAAAGCCUUUUAUUUUCACUCAUGUUUCACGAAGAAAAGCAGAUUUCACAGAACUGUGAUCACUUUGUUAUGCUUCUAGUGAGCAAUAAACAGUGGAAAACUGGUACUAUUUGUGAAUCUUUUCAACGAAUCAACAUUUCAUGUUACUUAUUAACCCUCCAUCAAUGCUUGUAUUUCAGUGACUUAUCUAAUGCCAGUAUCUGCUUUCUAGAAAAGGAUCCAGGUACAUGCCGAGGAUAUUUCAGCCGCUACUUCUAUAAUAAAGAGACAAAACUAUGUGAAAUAUUCAAAUAUGGUGGUUGUUUGGGUAAUCAGAACAAUUUUAAGAGUUUAGAAGAGUGCCAAACAACGUGUUCAGCACUCCUUGAUCCUACACUGGAUGGAAAUACCAAAACUGAAACAACUACUUUUGCCACUACUACACGCACCACAACAAAGGCAACUGGUUCCAACACAGAAGCACCGAAAUCACCUGGAUGGCCCGCUAGAAUAUUCCUUAAUGCGCUCGGAUUGAGAAAUGCAUUGAGUUCUGGGUGGAAAAAUUUCAAAAAUAGAUUUGGAUAAAUUUUACAACAACACAAUAAUUUUAUACUUACUUAUUCUAACACACUGAAUGUAGCACUUACUAACAUACAUAAUGACUUUAAUUGCGGAUUAUCUUAAUCCACCCAUCUAAAGUUUACGGACUGCUAACUAUAAUAUCACUUGGUUAUAUCGAUCAUUUCAAGGACUAACAAAGGAAAAGGACCGAAGUGUGUACUUUCCUUUCAUGUUUUUUCCUUAAUCUCAUUUUUGAAAUAUUUCAUAAAAAAUACUUUAAACAGUCGCAUAAUUUAUCCUUCAUUCACUCUCACAUCAUUCUGUCAGCACACACAACAUUGCGCAAAUAAUUCGUGACUAUUAAUUAGUCAAAUCAUUUCUGACAUUAUAAACUGGUAUGAUAACUAAAUUUCGAAAGUUGACGAAGUGGUUCACACUUCCUCAAAUUACUGAUGAAUCUAUAAUGUGACUUAUCAUAAUCCUGGAUGUUAUCAUGCUUUCACUUCCAACCAACCUAUUUUAAAAAUCUCUUUAGUUAUUUUGCAGUUAAAAAAACUAAUAUCCAACUAUAGCCAUAAAAUCCAUAAUAGUCCAAAUUCAGUCAAGA